CCGUGGUGCGGGAUUGGAAGUGAGAGGGAGUCCAUCCAGGUUUAUCGCUCAGUAGUCGUGUGGACCUGAAAGUGUGAGUAAGAGAGAGAUCAUAAACGAUACCCUGUUGCAACGAUUUCGCUUUCAUGUUUUGGAAAGUCCAUAGGCCAACAUCACAAAGGUGAAUGCUGCAGCACAGCCCCCUGGAAAAGGAAUGAGCAAAGAAGUCUUGUGAUUAUUUGUUGAAGCAGCGACGGCCAGCUUCUCCCCUGUCUGAGUCUCCCUCAAAGUGUGAGUAACACCAUGGGGAAUGGAUUAUCAGACCAGAUCUUCCCCAGCCUUCCUUCCUUCCAGGCCCUCCAUAUUGUCAUCCUGGGUCUGGACUGCGCUGGGAAGACCACUGUCCUCUAUCGCCUUCGUUUCAAUGAGUUUGUGAACACGGUCCCCACUAAGGGAUUCAACACGGAGAAGAUCAAAGUGUCCCUGAGCGCGGGCGGAAAGUCCUGGCGGAAGGCGGCGUUCCACUUCUGGGACGUGGGCGGUCAGGAGAAGCUCCGCCCCCUGUGGCGCUCAUACACGCGGUGCGCCGACGGUAUCGUGUUUGUGGUUGAUUCCGUCGACACGGAGCGUCUGGAGGAGGCCAAGACGGAGCUCCAUAAGAUCACGAGGUUAGCAGAGAACCAGGGGGUGCCUGUUCUAGUGGUGGCCAACAAGCAGGACCUGAGGAACUCCCUGCCGCUUCACGAGAUGGAGCGCUCUCUGGCGCUAGCAGAGCUGGGUAAUGGAACGCCCUGGCACCUGCAGCCCACCUGCGCCAUCAUAGGGGAGGGGCUACAGGAAGGUCUUGAGAAGCUCCACACCAUGAUCAUCAAAAGGAGGAAGACGCAGAAAGCUCAACAGAAGAAGAAGAGAUGAUCGGAUUGGUCACACACACAACCGCCAUCAUGGCGGAGUUGGUGGAGUUACACAAGGACUUAAUGUGAGAUACCAAUGGUGAUGGACGGGGUGUUAACCAUGAGCUGGACAUGUGGUGUUGACUAGUAUGGUCUACCAAUAAUGCUAGGUGUCUCCUUAUCAAUACAUUGACCAGGUGAUGUAAAGCACUCAGUGAUGGGUCAGCUGCUUGCCGGACUGCCUGCCUCCCUGCAAGUCUGUCUUGGCUCAGUUGUAUCAGUCAAAUGGAAUGGGACUGAGUUUGUUCAGGGCUGUCUCGGGGUGUUGUCACUAUGUCCUCACGGGAACUGAUGGAAUAGAUUUGUUUCACCAUGCCAUGGACUUUAGAUGGUAACAGAACUGGCUGGCACAGCAACACGGGACAGUAGACACUAAUGUAUUUUUUAACUAUUUCGUCAUACCAUGAGACACACGAGUUCCCAGAGAGACAAAACAAUCAAAACGUUGAAGUGUCAGAGAAGUCAAAUGCACACUUGACUGUAUGCUGUCUUUACUGUCAAGUGUUACAAGUGUAUCUAGCCUAUUGUUCAAUCAGUUUGAAACAUGAAAACACAAUGAAAUGAUAGGUUUACUAAAGCUUUUGUUGACAAGGAGAUUACAUGUCGAAAACACAAAGAAUGACUAUCAAGUUGCAGCAGGAGUCAUGUUAGUGUGACCUCUGAAAUGUUGUCUUUACAAUCAGUCAGUAUUAGAAGCAGGGGCGCAACUUUCACUGGGAACGGGGGACAUGCCCCCCCCCCACACACACAUUCUGAAAUUGCAUUUUUGAGAAUGUUUAAUCAUUGGAAUGUGAUACAAAAUGAGGCAACUGUGUGCUUUAGGACCAUGCGGACGCCUCAGAGCAGUCGGGUAAACUGUUUGGAGUGUUUGUCCGACUGGAUAAAAUAAAAUAAAAAAUGAUGUCCCCCCCUCUUCCAAAACCAAAGUUGCGCCUCUGUAUACAAGUUUAGAGAAUAGUUCACAAUAAGCUCAAUGAUGAUGAUUCACUGAGAAGAAAAUACAGAGAUGGACAUUUUUAAACGUAAGUGUAACAACAUUAGUGUCUCAUCAGUGAUAAAUUAUUAGGAUCUACAGCAGUUAGGCUAUUUAAUGUUACGAUCACUUGGGUGAAGUAUGGUCACGGUGGGGUAUAAACUCAGUUCAACUCAGCACUAUUGGUGUCAGUGGUUGUAGUUGUGUCUUGUGUAAUUCUGUUGAUUGUCAGGCUCAGUUGGCUAAGCAAUCUCUGAAUAUUCCUUCCUGGCUUGGCUAGCGGUCUGAUCUGGACCCUGUACAUCAAAAGUGUCAGGCAUCUGUCAGAUCCAGGCCCCGUACCUGCCUAAGACUUUGGGUGCGUUCCAGAGUGUAGAUCCAGCCCUACUUCACUAUCUACCUAAGACUUUGGGUGCGUUCCAGAUACACCUUUUCUGCUGUCAGAUCCAGCCCUACCUUUUCUGCUGUCAGAUCCAGCCCUACCUAAGACUUUAGGUGCGUUCCAGAUACACUUAUUCUAUUCAGGUCCUUGCAGUUUAUAGGAUCCUUAUAUCAUGUUGAUGUGCUUCCUGAGAUGUUAAAAUAGUUCUCCAAAUGAUGUAAAGAGACCUGUGCAGAGAUCUGUGCAGAGUUUGUUUACCUGGAACGCACCCAUGGACUUCCAUAUUCCAUAGGGACAUUCAAGUAAAUGCACUUUAUUGGUCCGUUUUCUGACCUUGCGUCAUCAGAUUUGUGUAUGACGUUUAUUGUGAUACUUAAAAGAAGUCAAAUAUUGAUAUUGUUUCUAAGGAAGCGUUUAAAAAAAAAAGUUGUUACACUGUUACCACAUUGGACAGUCAGUUAUGUCCCCCUGUUUACUCUGUCUGUGUGUGAGGGGGGAGGGGUGAUCAUAUGUAUGUGUUUGUUUGUAGGAAUUUGUUCAACUCGAAUAAAGCAACAAUUAAACGCAAUAACAUGACAUCGCA